AUGGAUGCCGAUGUGGUGUCAGGAGGCAGGCGCAAAGCGAGUAACUGGGAAAAACCCGACCAGCCAAGUGCGCAAGACAACGGCUUCACAGGAAUAAGCGGGCGAGGCGAGCCGGCCGAAUUUGGAACGCCGCCGUCCGUUGAAAUGCGUCACGCCAUCGAAACUGCUUUUUAUGCAGCAGCCCUUACGUUUGUCGCCUUGCUGACUCCCCAAGACGCGGUGAACCGCAGACGGCAGGAACCGCAGCUCUGGCGUAUGUGCAAGAAGCCAGCUUUCUUCUGCCCAACCAGCGCCGUGGCAAUAAAAAAACGAUAUCUCGCUAGCACAGCUGAUCGCCUCAUGAUCCUCCUGGUGUCACUGAUCACUACCGUCGACAUGCUGACCACGAGCCAGCAUUUUAUUCCCAUGGGAUAG